UAAAUGAAGGUCUCUGUCAUUCUUUCCACAGUUUUCUCUGUGACACUCGUCUGUAUGUGGCAUGGUUCUAAAUGAAGGUCUCUGUCAUUCUUUCCACAGUUUUCCAUUACCAAGUGAAGGUGCAUUUCUUCAGCAGUGAGAAACUGGCCUACACUGAGCAGCCCAUGAAAAUCUCUCUGUACGGAACCCAUGAUGAGAAGACUGACAUACCUUACACUAUGCCCUUCCUGAACACCAACAGCACUGUGUCAUUCCUGCUGACCACCGACGUGGACGUUGGGGAGCUGCUGAUGGUCAAGCUGCGCUGGGAGAAAGAUGCCUAUUUCAGCUGGUCUGACAUUUGGGGCAACAAAAACUUCCACAUCCGCAAAAUACGUGUCAAGGCAGGGGAGACUCAAUCCAGGGUGAUCUUCAGCGCUAAAGAUGGAGAGUAUGCCUACCUCAUCAGAGGAAAAGACGACGUAGUCUUUGUCAAAUCAAAAGAGGACAACAUGAGCCGGAAGAGAAAAC